AUGCUAUUCAAACCAUCCUGUUACAAUUUGUCAAUAGAUGAGUUGGAUUUUCAAACUUUCCGGAAGGAGCAGACAAUAUCACGAUGUGCCAAACAAUCAUUAAAACGAUCAUUAACAAUAUGGAUUAACAAGACCUGCUUAACUGGUAUCACACAAUACGGAGUUCGUUUAAUAUGCGUGUCCGCAGCAUUUCAUGCGACGAAAGAUUUGACGGUGAAAAUAAUUGAAUGCGCUGAUGAAAAAGGCGUCACACUUUACGAUGUCCAGUGUUGCAGAUUCGAGGACCAGUCUGAUGACCUCCAGAUGACCUAA